GUUACAUAACCGAGACAGAUGUGCAUGCUAAAUGCAACGUUAGCUUGGAAUAAAUCCUAUAAAUAAUGUGAUUUUUUUGUUGUUGUUGUUGUUGUUGUAACUAGCUAAUGUUAUACCCAAAUAUUUAUACAUUUUCAACACGCUUCCGUUCUUUUAUUUGAACAUUUAACUUGCUAGCUAAGCUAACUAGCUAGUCAACUAUCCAGCUAGCUAGUUACCUAAUGUAAUACCUGUGCCUUGUCUCAAGCUAGCUAACGUUAGCUGUGUAGCUAGCAGCAGUAAAGCUAGCGAACGACAAAGAAAAAGCACACACUUCAAGAUGUCCUUCAACAAAUCUAACGUUAGCUAGCAUUUGUGUUCAUUUGCUGCAGGAUGUACCAUGUAGCCCAUUUUGUUAAUUUCAAGAAAUAUUCUCCAAAUCAAAUUUUAUUGGUCACAUACAAAUAUUUAGCAGAUGUUAUUGCGGUUGUAGCGAAAUGUUUGCACUCAAACUGAGUGAUAUCCGAUGAUGUACCCGCCUCAGCUGAAUCUUUAAAUUAGGCUACAAUCCUGGGGAACAAGAACCGGAAAACACAUGAAUGCUUGUGUUCCACAUGUCUGCUGAAAUGGAAGGACUGUGACUAACUGACCAUGGAGUACACCACCUCAACAGGGGAGCAGAUAGUCGUGCAGACGUCCAAUGGACAGAUCCAACAACAGACUCAGGGCACAAUGACGGCUGUGCAGCUGCAGACCGAGGCGCCGGUAUUGACGGCCUCUGGCCAGCAGGUGCAGACACUCCAGGUCCAAGGCCAGCCCCUGGUGGUGCAGGUGAGCGGAGGGCAGCUGAUCACAUCGUCAGGGCAACCCAUCAUGGUGCAGGCUAUGGGGGGAGGACAGGGACAGACCAUCAUGCAGGUGCCUGUGUCUGGAGGACAGGGACUACAACAGAUCCAGCUACAGGGUGGACAGCAGAUCCAGCUGCAGAACGGUCAGACGAUCCAUCUAGGGGGACAACAGAUCCAGCUGCAGAACGGACAGAUGUUACAGCUAGGGGGACAGCAGGGUCAACCCCAACAGAUCAUCAUCCAACAGCCACAACAAGCCAUCACAGCCGGACAGAACCAGGGCCAGCAGAUUCAGUUGCAACAGGGCCAGCAGAUUCAGUUGCAACAGGGCCAGCAGAUUCAGUUGCAACAGGGCCAGCAGAUUCAGUUGCAACAGGGCCAGCAGCUGGCGCAGACGGCUGAUGGACAGACCAUCGUCUACCAGCCAGUCAACGCAGAUGGCACCGUCCUGCAACAGGGAAUGAUCACCAUCCCAGCAGGCAGCCUGGCGGGGGCCCAAAUGGUACAGACAGGGGGUGCCAACACCACCACUACCAACAGUGGACAGCAGGGCACUGUGACCGUCACAUUGCCAGUCUCAGGCAACAUGAUGAACGCUGGUGGCAUGGUCAUGAUGAUGCCUAGUGGAGGUGCGGUGCCUGCUAUGCAGCGUAUCCCUCUACCCGGGGCUGAGAUGUUAGAGGAGGAACCUCUGUAUGUCAACGCUAAACAGUACCAUCGCAUCCUGAAGAGAAGACAGGCCCGAGCCAAGCUGGAGGCAGAGGGCAAGAUCCCCAAGGAGAGGAGGAAAUAUCUGCAUGAGUCCCGUCACCGCCACGCCAUGCAGCGCAAGAGGGGAGACGGAGGACGCUUCUUCUCUCCCAAGGAGAGGGAGGAGAUGGCCCUGGCUCUGGCCCAGCAACAGGCAGAGCUGGCCGCCCAGGCAGGAGAAGACUCUGUAGCUCAGAUGGUCCGUGUUUCAUAGCAUUCGACACCCCGACAAUGUCUUCCUCCGUAUAUACACCUCUCGCUAGGCUUGGCCGAUAAACCGUGUACCGGGGUGUUUCCAAAUACCGACAGUAUGAUUUUCAAUACCAUUUAAAAAUAUAUAUAUAAUAAUAUUUUUGUUUUUGGGGGGUGCAUGUUACAGCACUGCUUAGAAAUCUCAAAUGUGUCAAAUAAAUGAUACCCUGUUCAGGGCUCCAGCUAUGCAUUUGGUUUGCUAACUUGCUCGCUAAGUGGCUAGAUGUCAAGAUCAAGCUUCUUGGUUACUGCAAAGACAGUCAAUCCCACCCUGGAUCAAGAACACUCAACCCUCUUGCCUAAAUUGUUUAUUGCGUAAUUUUAUAUAUAUAAAAAUAUUAUCAUUUGAAUAGCGCCCAUUAUGUGCAUUUCCAGUAAUACCCAGUAUGGUACAGAAACGGUGUGACAUUAUGAAAAUCUUGAUACUGCCCAACCUUACCCCUCGCCCUUAUAAGGCUCUGCCUGUAUUCUAUGACUGAGAUUUCUCCAUGAUCGCCCAUAUAAGGCUCUGCCUGUAUUCUAUGACUGAGAUUUCUCCAUGAUCGCCCAUAUAAGGCUCUGCCUGUAUUCUAUGACUGAGAUUUCUCCAUGAUCGCCCAUAUAAGGCUCUGCCUGUAUUCUGUAACUGGGAUUUCUCCAUGAAGGGUCACUAUGAAUGAACUUCAACCCUUGACCUUUUACUGGAACUGUUAUGCUGUGUCCUGGAAACCAAUACUAAGGUUACAACUAUGAGAUGCUUUUUGCCUUCAGUAAAACCCUGGUCGAUGACUUCAUGUUUGCUAAAGCAGGUCAUAACUGAUGGUAGUUUAGUUGCAGAAUACAUUUCGUUGGUCUUAAUUUUUUUGUGUGUAUUUUACUGAAGCAAAGACUGUUUACAAAUUCAGCUGUCGGAGUCAAAACAUUAUGGUAGUUAUGCAUCUUGUUUGUUGAAACAGGCAACAUUAUAGAAGCCUUGGUCCAUAGGGAUUCUCAAGUCAGAUAUUGACAGACUAAAUGAAAAUGGAUAUUCAUUAAGAAUGUUUUUGGAAGCACUUCUCAUAGAAAAACAGAGGAGAAUUGGAAUUUCACUUUACUUCCUGAAUUGAAAUGGAAUUGACCCCAACACUGCUUUUCAGAAGGGUUUUCAAUAUCCAGUCCUCGGUUGUUUGUACAGGGAAUGUAUUUUAUACAACCGUCGUGAUAAAAACUAGAUGUUUGUUGUGAGAUAGACAGCACAUGUAUGUUGCAUUGAUGUCUGACUAUCCAUGUACUUUGUCUGUUUAACUCUAUGUGGAUCUUUAUUUGAAAAGUACAUUUUAUAUUCUUCUGAUUCUGAAGGACCAUACAUUUAUUUUUUUGUGGUUUACAACAUUGUUUGACUGUGAACUCUUGUGUAUCAAUCUGUUAAUUAAAUUGUAUUAGGUUCA